UAAGUAGUUUACGAAAAGAAAAUCUUAUAAAACUAAUAUGAAGCUCAAACCAGAAAGUUUCCAGCAGAGUUGUGCAUUGAUACUGAACCACAAAGAAGCGUAAACGGAAUGUCGGCUACGUUCAGCGCGUGCUUCGUAAUAAUUAGAGAAAAAUCUUAAAAUAAAGCACGCCAUUUGUAAAAUUACUUGCAAGUGAGGUUGGAAGCAAAACAACAACAGUGCUCCAACGAAUUAUGAGGGUUAAAUAAAAUGUUCGAAAUGAAAAUUGCACUCACAAAAUGUUCUUGGUUAUUUUAGCGACCAAAAAGGACGCUGGUACUAUAGCAAAUUAUUCCAAAAGGCGUUUUAACAAUUAUCAAGCGCGUCAAUCAAAGUUGGAAAAUAACAAAUUUUUCUUGUAUCUGAUUAAGUGCGCUCUUAAAACGCAACCGGAUCACGUGACCUCAUUCCGGACACCCUUAUUCUGUUUUUGUAAAGUCAACGUCACAGCGCCGGUAUUUCCCUCCUUCCCUUCCGGUCAAGUGGGAAAACGAUUUUUUCGGAAAACCUAGAGGAAAUACAUGCGGUUUUGUUAGCUCCCUACGAUUUUGUACUUUUUUUGGAAUGCUACGCUCGUAUUUAUAUAGCCUUAAAUUAUCAAGAGUCCCCAUAUAGUUGCCUCUAUCUAUCUUUUCAAAAAUUUGUUAUUGGGGGAUGUUAUUUACUACUAUACCGACCUUCCCUUAUUUAUCCACUUAUGAACUGUAAUUUGUUUACAUAGUUGACUGUCUAUACCUAAUGCUAAAUUAGUUUUAAUUAGUUUUUGUCGAACAUAAAUUCUCUUAAUAUACCUAUUGACAUUUAAUGUUUUUCAUUAAAAAAUAUACUCGAUUGAUAAAAUAGAGUUCUUUUGGACCCCUAUUUCACCUCCUUGAUUAAAAAUCAUAUUAAAAAAUUUUCAUUCUAGUUGCUUCACAUGCGUAGAAAAACGAAAGAUAAGUACCUUGACACUUUCUACUUAUACUCACUAAUAAUAUAAUUAUUUUAGAAAAUAUUCAAAAUUAUCGGAUAAAAACAUAUAGAUAUAUGAAAUAUCAAAGCCGCUGUCCUAUUGUGACCCGAAUUCCGUUCCUUAUUUUAAUGUACUCCUGUUUUCUCGUUCCUGUUCAACUCUGAUCCGAAUUUCCGAACUCGGAAAGCCUUAAUAGCUAUACGCGAGAGCUCUCUUUCCGAAAGCUGUUCCAAUAUAUAGUCACAUACUUAUACAAGUAUACAUUUCCAGUUGCGAUCAUAAUGCUGAUUCGAAGACACAAAUUAAAUAGUUUUUUUAGUUUUUAGUUUGUAAAUUUUCUAUAAAUAAGUACAAAAGAAUAUUAAUUGAACUAUCAUCAUGGACUACAUAAUGCAGCUAAGAAGAUCGUGGAUCAAUCAGGAUGGAUUUUUACUUGCUAACCUACUGUCACUUCGAGCAUUCAGUCAUCUUCAUGGAUCUGCUGAAUCGUACAUGGCAAGAGCAAUGGAGAUGUUACCUCCUCCAUUUGAUGACCUUGUCUUGUAUCAUUUAAAGACACUAUCAUCGUUGAAAAAUGACGAUUUGACAGUCACAUAUAGUUACCAAAAUUCUGCUGUACAAACUCUUGUAAAAAUAUUACAACUUCAAAAAGAAGAAAACUGGAUGUUACCUGUUAUGAAUAUGAUGUGCCUGGAAUUGAGAUUAUUGGCUAUGAAAACAGAAAGAUGUAAGAAGAACAAAAAUAUCAAACCAGGUGAAAAUUUAGAGAAAUGUGCAGAGUGUCUGAUGAGUUGUUUUAGAAUUUGUGCAGCUGACAAUCGUAGUUCAGAAGAUGAUACUAAAAGAUGGGGCAUGCUUGCACUUGUCAAUCAGUUACUGAAAGUAUAUUUCAGGAUUAAUAAAUUACAUCUUUGUAAGCCCCUCAUAAGAGCUAUUGAAUCAUCAGCUUACAGAGAUCAAUUUUCUUUGGCGCAGCAAAUAACAUACAAGUUUUUUGUUGGACGUAAGGCCAUGUUUGAUAGUGACUAUAAAGCUGCUGAUGAAUACUUGACUUAUGCCUUUCAACAUUGCCACAAGAAGUCUAAGAAAAACAAACGUUUGAUAUUGAUGUAUCUCAUUCCUGUAAAAAUGUUGCUUGGAUACAUCCCAAAAUAUGACCUUUUAAAAAAAUACAACUUAAUGGAGUUUUGGGACCUGAUUGAAGCUGUCAAAAAAGGAAAUUUACAAAUGUUGGACGAAGUCAUGAAUAAGCAGGGAGCAUUCUUAAUUAAUGCUGGAAUCUACUUAAUCGUAGAAAAAUUAAAACUAAUUGCUUACAGAAAUUUAUUUAAAAAAGUUUAUUUAGUUUUAAAUACACAUCAAAUAGAUAUACAAAGUCUUUUGUGUGCAUUAAAAAUGUAUGGACGAAAUGACAUAGAUAUGGAUGAAACGGAAUGUUUAGUGGGCAACUUGAUUUACGACGGAAAAAUUAAGGGAUACAUUUCACAUCAACACAAGAAACUAGUUAUUUCUAAGCAAAAUCCCUUUCCACGUUUAUCAUCGUUAAUAUAAUAGUUCAUCGAGUAAUGAAUUCAUCUUUUUGAAUUUAAUAAAAUUGUGUAAAAUAAGAACCCAAUUUGUAAAAUACAAUUUUUAUAUACAUAUUUAAAAGUGUACUAUGAUUUGCCUAUUUCCUUGUGCCAUGUUAUAGUGACUCAUCACAGAUGGUGUUAAAAUAAAUCACAACUCAUUAUUACAUA